GAAAAGUUUCGAUAUGAGGAGAAAGUUUCUUCAUUCUUUUUAUAUUCAAUUUCUUUAAGAAAUAUUCUAUUUCAACAGUUUUUUUAUUAUAAACACAAUCAAAAUUUGAAAUGCGACGGUAAUAAAAAUGUCAAAAUUCGAUGAAAAUACGUAUAUCGAAUGUUUACCAACAAAUUUAUAUAACGAAUUGGUUAAUGCAUUGGACAAAGAUGCAGCUUGGAUAACGUUAGCAACUUAUGUUGCUGAACUACUUCAAUAUCCAUGCUCAUCAUGGAUACAAUCUUUAAAAGAAGGAAAACAACCACAUGAUUCCCCAGGGCAAAGGCUGCUCUUUGAAUUAAAUAUUAAAAUGUGUACCAUAGAAAUCUUGCGUACAUUGCUGGAUGAUUGCGGAUUGUAUAAGAUUCUUUCCAUCAUAUCUGACCCAGAACCUCUGAAAAUUAUUGAACAUCCUAUAGAAAAAUUACAAACAGAUAAUAUAAAAAUAUCAUUUGGGCAUCAUCUACAUUUGUGUUGUAAAGCAGUAGGAAUGCCACCACCAAGUUACAUAUGGUAUCACAAUAAUAGGGAAUUGCAAGAUUCUUCAUCUAGCGAAUUCAGUAUUAUUAUUAAUAGUACAUCUCAAGCAGGAGAAUAUAAAUGUAAAGUACUCCAAGUUAAAAAUGAUGGAAUUCUUCUAUCUACUUUAAUUUCAAAAGCAGUAACUGUACAAAUUUGUCCCUUACCUGUUACGAUAGAAGAACAACCACAGCCAAUUUUGGAAAUUAAAAAUGGAGAAAGCUUUACAAUUAGCUGUAAAGCCAAUGGCUAUCCUGAACCAUGUUACCAAUGGUUUCAUGAUAAUACUAAAUUAGAAGGUGAAAGUUCUAAUACAUUACACAUAAAACAAUUUAGUUCAAAACAUGAAGGGAGAUACUAUUGUUAUAUUUACAAUAAUGUCAGCGAAGUUUAUACCCAAAGAACUUGUGUGAUGAUGGAUCUUCCAAGGUUAAAAGCAGUUGCAAAAAUAGCUUUAAUUAUAGCAAACGGAGAGUAUGAUUGCCAUGAGUGUCUUCCAACUCCUAAAAAUGAUGCUGCCUAUAUUGGUACUCUUCUUAAAGAAAUAGGAUUUGAAGUAAUCUGUCUCUUAAAUUUGUCGAUUACCCAAAUGAAAACUGUGAUCAAAUUAUUUAGCAAAGCCCUAGUGGAAGGUGUAUAUGGUUUAUUUUAUUUUGCUGGACAUGGUUUUAAGAUGCAAGAAAACUAUAUGCUUGCUGUAGAUGCUCCAAAAACAUAUUUGAGAAAAGAUGCCAUAUGCGAAAGCGAACUAUUGGCUGCAUUCCUCGAAAACGAACCCGAGCUCUUAAUUAUUAUUCUAGACAUGUGUCAAACUUUACCUUUGAAAGAAUUUAAUCCUGAAAUUUUUAAUGAAGUGCCUACAGUCAAUGAAUAUAAAAGCAAGAAAAAUCUUCGAAAUUUAGUUCAAGCAUAUUCUACAUCUAGUCAUCGACCUAGUUAUGAAAGAGAAAAUAGUAAAUACGGCUUAUAUAUGACGCACCUCAGUAAAUAUAUUAAUAAAGAUAUACCAAUUACAAAAUUAUUUGAAGCAGUAGGGAAGUCAAUUGAUAGUUGUUUUAAAGGCAAGGAACGCAAUCAAAUUCCAAUGUUUGCUUUGUCUAUUACAAAACCAUUUCGUCUUACCGAUGCCACUUAUAAAAAAAGUCUUCCAGCUCCCAUCAAUUACUUGAAUGAACUUGUAUCAUUCUCAACAAAAACAUUUGACAUAACCUUCAAGCAAGCAAAUAUAUGCACUAAAGUUAUCAUAUCAUUACUCAUGGAACCUUAUUUAAAUUUAAUAAAGGUGAAACUACCCAAUUUGCAAAAUGUAGAAAUCAACUUCUUUAAUUCUGUUCCUACAAAACGAAAUAAUUUAUAUCAAAAACAACAUAAGAAAGAGUGUUGGAUUCACAACCCCCAAACCAAUGAUGGGCCACUAGUUAUUUCUGUAUCUAAAAAUGGAACUCCUAUUGGUGCAACAUUAUUACAUGUACAAGAUCACAUGCCCUCUUUACUAAAAGUAUUAAAUUCUUGAAUAUACAUUUUCAUAUUUUUAUUAUAUAGUUCUUAUAAAAGAAAACAACAUACAUAACUGGAUGUGACAUGGAAAAUACAAAGAAAUGAAAUAUU